AUGUGGAGAAAGCUGGCUCUGCUCCUCGUCGUCGGCCUGGCGGCGACGGCCUCGGCGCAGGACGCCGCUUCCGCACCCGCCGCACCCGCGCAAGGCCUCGAUGACAUUCCGUUUCUCGAGAUCCCGGUCAAGAUCGCGGACACGCGCGUCGAUCUCGGCCUGUUCGAGGGCGACAACGUCAACGAGGCUGUCGAGAAGUUCGGGCGCGAUAAUUCCCUCAACGCGGACGAUCUCGCCACCCUCAAGGCGGAGGUCACCAGGCGCCUCGUUUCCAUCGCCGAGGCCGUGACCAAGAACAUCCAGCAGUCCAAGCAGAGCAAGGAGCCCCUCUUCGAGUUCCCCGUCUCCCUCGAUGACGGUGAGGUCGUUCCCCUGCGCCUCUUUGAGGGCGACAAUCUCAUGGACGCCGUCACCGCAUUCGCGCAGAGGCAGAGCAUCCCGGAGGAUCUCGUGCCCGUCCUCUUCGAGCAGGUCCGCGCGAAGGUCUUCCCCAACGCGGCGCCCUCCCCCGAUGCCGCGGCCGCGCCCACCGCGGCGUCCCCCGAGGAACCCAACGCUCCCGUGUUCAGCAUCCCGAUCACCGUCUUUGGCAAGGAGGAAUCGCUGAGGCUGUUCAGGGGCGACGUCCUCGGCGAGAAGGUCAAGGCUUUCGCCGCGACGCACGGAUUGGACGAGGAGACCGAACGCAAGGUGCUCGAGGCUGUCGCCGAGCGUAUCAGGUCCACGCAGGAGUCCGUCGCGGCCGCCGAGGCCAACCGCGCCGCAAAGGCGGAUGCCGCCGCCGCCGACCCGCCCGCCGAGCCCAAGGCGCCCAUCUACGAGAUCUCCUUCAGCACCGCCGACGACAAGGUGUACCCGCUGCGCCUGUACGAGGGCGACGUUCUGGAGAACGCGGUCACCGACUUUGUCGCCGAGCACGGCUUCGAUACCACCGACAUUCCCAUCCUCGUCGAGCAGGUAUCCGCGCGGAUGCGCUCGGACGCGGCGCGGAAGGAGCAGAUGUCGGAGCAGAUGUCGGAGGAGGAGCGAAAGGCGGCGGAGGAAGCCGCGGCGGGGCGGGAGAGGCUCGUGACGCUCGCGGUGUCCAUGGAGGACCCGGACCCCGGCAAGCCGCCGUUGCCGCCCAUCGCGCUGCACCGCGGUGAGACCCCCGAGGAGGUUGCGAACGCGUACUGCGACGCGCACGGUCUCGACAAGGAAACCGUCGUGCCCCAGGUGGCCAAACUCUUGGGGGAGAUGCUGGAGAAGGCGCUCGCCGCGGAGAGCGCGUGA